AUGGCGAGCAUAGCGGCCGCCGGUCUCGAGGUGCACGAGGCGGGUCGGGCGUUGCGCGUUCAAACGGAAGCACCGCAUCUCGUCUCCAUGGGAAGUGGACGACUGUCGACGGCCGUGACUUUGCAUCCUUUACCCGAAGGUAAGAUCACGCUGGGAUCAAACCGAGAUGCGGAUAUUUUGGUGGCCGGCACCGGCGUCGAGCCCGUACAUUGCACAAUCGAAAACAAUAACGGCGUGGUUACUCUUCAUCCCAUAAAUGGAAACACGUUUGUCGAUGGUGUACUGAUAAAUUCGCCAGUGAGACUCGCGCAAGGCUGCAUGCUAUCGAUAGGUCGAUCAAAUUACAUGCGCUUCAAUCAUCCAGCCGAGGCUAAGCAUCUACGAUCCGUCCUUCCUCACUCGAGAAUUUCAAUGGCGCCGAUAAGUUUCACCUUGUCCGACAAUCAGCCGCAAGAGAAUCAUCACUUGGAGCGAAAGCCGCCAGUCGCGCCGCGAAAAUCUCCCAGGAACUCUUAUUCCGACGACGAGAUCGGUUUUCUGGGCAAGCUGACUAAAUUCGAAAUGCUGUCGAAGCAAAACAGGACCAAUUGCGUCUCGCCGAAAGUCUUUCCGGCAGGUGCUCUCACGACGAAUGUGCCCGCCGAUCAAAUCCUCGGUCAUUCGAGAUCACCGAGUCUCGUAUCUUUGACGAAAUCUCCGGUGAAUGGUAAUCUCGACUCACUCUCGCAGAACUCGAGCAGCUAUCACGACGAGGCUCGUCAGCGAUCCGACUCGCGACUCGGGACGCCGACUCGACCGAACACGACGAACAUGCAAUGCCAGAAUCAUAAUCAAGUCAGAAUGUACUCGGCAGAAACAUACCUGAAGACGUGCAAGCCGUAUUAUCGCGAGAGCAACAGCAAGAACGUUCGAUCGCCGCUUGGAAUGACAGCGUCAGAAUUCGUCGCCGCCCGAAGCGGCCUUGACUUGAUGUCUCGAAGUAUGACUUGUCAGAACUCCAACGAACUCGACCAUCUCGCCGACAGGGACUUUAACAUGAGCCAGAGCCUCAUUGUUACGAAAACUACCACGGAGUUUGUACAAUUGGAGAAAUACGGAUCGAAUCCGAGUAUCUGCAACGCAAGUAUCGAUGGAGACCCUAAUCCCGCGAUUUGGAGACCGUCUACCGCUCAUAGUUUCGGUUCGAAUCCGAACAUUAAGCGAAUUCAGCCACCGAGCCCGGCAUUUAAUCGGAAUCCGCGGUAUAGCGAGCAAAAGAAAGUUUGCGCGAGGGUCAAGAGUCCUACUCCCAGUGUCGGCAGCAGCUGCUCCCUCGAGGAGUUGCGGGAAAGACAAGCCGACGCGGAGAAUAAACGCAGGGAGGCGGAGACCAAGCGGAAACAAGCGCAGGAAGACAGGUUAAGGGAGCAAGAGGUUGAGAGGCAAGAGAAAAUGAGACUCGAGGAAAUCUUAGCGAUGUGUGCCGAGUAUGAGAGACAGAGCACUGUAGAAAAGCCGAGACAGCCUAAUCGGAUCAUAACAAAUGGAUCUCUCCCACGUGACAAGAGACUCGGCUAUACCUCACCUUUCGACAGUCCGAAGAGUCCGUCAAAAAACCAGCCGCAUUUCUCUUUCGAUAUCGGCAAGCAAACCAGUUUGGGUACUUCGUCAUAUGAAAACGUAUCCGUGCAAAAUUCGAAAGUUAUUUUCCAAAAUGGCAAUUCGCCUGUCAAUCGUAAGGAUCAGUCUGCUCAAAUUGAGAAUUAUUCGCGUGACGUUCCCGUAGGACCUCCACAUGCAACUAAAUCGAACGGUAAUCAAAUGGCAAAGUACUUUAAUGUUCACAGCACAAAUGGAAACUGUAAUUUGUCCGGCUCGAUUUCCCGCGACAGCAAUUACGAAAACGUUAUCAUCGGCAAUAAUAGAAAUAGUUGCGGCGAUGAAAUCGAUAAUUACGUAAAAAUUGAUGACGAUACUAAAGGUUCAUCGUCCAUGUAUGGAACGAUUCGGCUGAACGGAAGGAAAAUCGAAUCGCAGCAAGCGACGCAAAAUGGAAACGCGAAUCUUUACGAAAACAUCGUGCUAUCUCCGACGACGCGAAAUAACAAUCAGAAUCAUUCCAUGCCAAAGAAAAACGGCCAAUUAUCGAACUCGUGCGAAAUGAUAGAGAACAAGCUGGCGAUAUCGAACGACGAUCUCCUCGAGGCGAUCGAGCAGCUAUCUAUGCUUUCCAUGCCCAAAGAAAUCUGUAUGACUCCUAAGCGAAACAAUUCCGAAAAAGACAACGCAAAGUCUAACGAGGCGAAAGCUGACAAAGAGAGAAAGCAGCUGGAAGAGGAAGACAGGAAGAAAUACAUAGAAUUCUUGCAAAACGAGAAGCUGCAUAUACUUGGCAAUAUGGAUGUUUUGAAAAGGAGCGUCGCUGAGAUUGAAAUUCAAGAGGAAGAAAUUAGUAGAGAGCUCGAAUUGGAGAAGGCGCUUUUAUCCGCGGAAUAUGAAUCGGAAUCUUUGAAGCUCACACAAGACGAGGGAGAGAAGAUUAAAGUGCAGAUGCGAAUAAAUGAACUGGAAAGAGAAAUGGCAGAGGAUAACGCGACUCAUUCGAAUUUGCAAGCUGAAGCGAAACAACGCGUUCAAAAAGCACAGCAAAUUUGCGCUCGACUGGACGAACAAUUAAUGAGUUGCAUGGAUGAAAUUACGCAGCAGAAUAUUACUGACAAGUUAGCAGCGCAGCAAGACAUCCUCGAGAGCGAAAGGAAAGCUUUCGAAGAUUUGGAGUUUCAUCAUCUCGAGGAAGAGGCGAGCAAAUUGGCCACGAGAGAAGAGCUGCAAAGAUAUUUAAGCGAGCUUACGAAUAAGAUCGAAGGCAGAAAGUCGCAAUUGAGUCACUUGGAAUCGCAACGAUCCGAGAUAAAAGAUACAGCGAGUAAAGAAGCUAGAUGUCUCGAGCGACAAAAAUUGGGACAUUUAAAACGAUUGGAAGAAGCUCGAAAUCGAGUACGAGAAAUAAACGAGGAACUCAGUUAUUUGGCGCAAAACUCUAUUGAAUAUUCUGAGGAGAAACGAUCUCCAAGCAGAGAAGAUUUUGAUAGAAUCUCCAGAGUGACAAAUGAUUCUCCUAUCGUAAAUAAUCAAGGCAGUUUGGGAAGAAAGACCAUCGAAUCCCUAAAAGAAAUCGAGAGAAAUCGGCAGCUUCAUUUAGCUAAACAAGGGAGUCAAGUAAUCUCGGAGGAAAGACGAAGAGUCGAAGAGUUGAAAAGACGCGUACAGGAUGAGGUUCGUUCGCAGUGGGAAGAGAGAAAAAUGAAUUGCGCGUCUUUCAACAGCGUUGAAUCUGGCGAAGAGUCUUCCAGUUAUUCCACUGGACCAACAGAAAGUGGUAGCGGAAGUAGCGACGGUGCGGAAGGCGGAAACAGUGAAAAAUUAUCUCCUAGCAAGCUUUCAGAGCUUACUUCUCCCAGUCCAGGACCAUCGAAUAAUUCUUAUACUUUGCUUCAAAAUGAUAACAUGAGAGACGAUAGGAGAACAUCGAUGGAAGGUGAGAGGCUUAGCGAUAAUAGCGGAGGUGGUAGCGGUGGAGGCAUCAUCGACGGAAACGAAAGUCGCCCCCUUUCUCAGACAUCUAGCGAGAUGGAUACUCUUGGCCCAUUGCAGCCUGUCAAACAUCGCGAAAAGGCAAAACUUCAGAGGCCACUUACAAGAUAUCUCCCCAUCAAGUCGGAAUCUCUAGAUUUAAGGCAUCACAUAGAGACUGCCGGACAUCAGUUACCUCUGAUUUAUGAUGUUACGGUCGACACGACAAGCUGCAGUGGCUAUUUAUCAAAAAUGAGUAAAAAGUUUCAUCAUUGGAACAAGCGAUGGUUUGUAUUCGAUCGCAAGCGAAAAACGCUGUCUUACUACAGUGACAACACGUCUAGAAAAGCUCGCGGCGUAAUUUAUUUUCAGUCGAUCGAGGAAGUCUAUGUGGAUCAUAUGAACACUGUUCGAUCGCCACAACCUUCUCUUACUUUCAUCGUCAAGACUUCAUCUAGACUAUAUCAUCUCAUGGCACCCAGCCCAGAAGCUAUGCGUGUUUGGGUUGACGUUGUAUUUACCGGAGCAGAGGGAUACCACGAAUUUGAUCACGGCGUUUGAUAAAGAAAACUUAUUUAUGAGAAGUAAAGCGGAUUCAUGAUAUAGACUCGAGUUCUCUGACUCGGCACAAACGAAAAUAUAGCGAUUUCUGGUCUUUAAUUUUUUAUAAGGUUAUUUCAUAAGGAAUUAUGCCUAAAAUGAAAAUAGUUUUCAACUAAAAAUAAUAAUAAUUGAAAUAUGAGAUACGAAUAACGUAUGAUUAUUUUAAUAUAUCUUGGAAACGUUCCAAUAAUUGUCCACUAUAAUAUGAAACUAUUUUAUAUUAGGCACUAUUCCUGAUAUUAAAGUGCAUUUCCACAUGUAAUUUCGAUGAAAACUAUCAACGAACACGUUGAUUUGUAAAACUGAGAACAAGCGAUAUGAGAAUUAAGCCGCUCUUAUAAAAUGAACGAAACAAUUGAAAUUUGAAAUGCGUAUUUAUAUAACCGAAGUAGGAGAUACUUUAACUGAAUAUUAUGAAUUUAAAAGUUUAACCAGAAUUUUACACAAUUUUUUUCAUAUAAUCAGGGUCGGAUUUAAAGGUGUGGAGACCCCUAACCAUUUUUAAACCAAAAUCAAAUAGAAAUUUUUACGUUGUUUAAAUAAUUUAUUGUGAAAGAAUAAGGUCAAGCAAUAUACAUAAACCUUGUAAGUGUUGUAUACCAUUCGAUAGGAAAUUUUACUCAAAAAUUUGUGUUGUGGAGGCUCAGCCCCUGUUGCCCUCCCUCUCCCCUCUAAAUCCGACCCUGCAUAUAAUGAUAGAUUAAAACUACUUCUUGUAAUCUGGCUGAUACCUUUGGUAUCUUAGCCCUAAAUUAUUUUUUCGAGAAAGCCAUACGCUUGUCCAUAAUAAUGAAAGAAAUCUGCAAGAAAGCAAUUGAUAAUAAUUUAUUCUGUUAAUCUUAAUUUAAAAUUCGAUUUAAGAUAAGAUUAUUUCUACAGAAUGAACUUUUUAAAUCACAUCUAUACUUUGCAGAAAAGCGAUGGAUCUCGGGAUAAAUAUAAGAUAUUUGAGAAAUUAUUUAAAUUUCAA